AUGCAUAUGCAACACAGAGACUCUGGGUAUCGAUCGUCUCGCGGUGAUGCAGGCAGAGGACGACACUUUCAAUCAUCGCAGCCAGCUCAUCGCGGUGGUCAUUCUGGAGUUACAUCCUCUCGAGGCGGCACAGCUGUCAAGACAAAUGCUUUCACGAUAACAACAUUGCCAUCGAAAAUUUAUUAUCAAUAUGUCGUCGGUGGGCUCGACUUCCAGCGACCGGAUGAUUUCUUAGAGACUGACUACUGUUCAGAAAUAGCACCUGAGGUCAAAGAUUUCGACCGAAGGCAAGAGGUGAUCCGCAAACUACAAACCUCAGUCGCUCCCGGCACAUUCUCGUCGCUGCUUAUAUACGAUGGAAGAAGUCUCCUUUACGUGUCGUCGGAGCUCAAGCUCCCUGGAUCUUCGUCCGCAUCGUUUCUCGUCUCCCUCACUGAUGCCCCCCCAGUCGAAGGUGCAAGGGGUACAUACUGUGUCAAAGUUACUAAGACAACUUACGAACCUAUUCGACCCUCCGACAUCAUCAAUCUUUUGAAUCACCGUGACCCUCAAACCCAAGCAGCCAUUUCUCGCACAGUUACUUUGCUUCAGAUUCUUAUAAAGCAAGCCCCUAACCAACGUCAUCCCAACAACGCGCGAGCCUACUUUAGUGAAGAAGAUAAGAGAUCAAUACCGCGGAGUGGGCUCGAGCUCUGGCGCGGAUACUUUCAAUCUGUCCGUCCUACUCUUGGAAAAAUGUUAAUCAAUGUUGACACAACAGUGUCUCCGGUAUACCAGGAGGGACCGCUGCCGAGACUUGUGAUGGAUUAUCUGGCCAUUAGAAACGCCAGGGAGCUAGACUUGUCGCCGACUGACAGGAACUUCACGAAACUGGAAAAGUUUCUAAAGAAAGUGAAGUUGUUCACGGGACACACACAAAAAAUUAAAGUCGUUCGCUCUCUGGUACCAAGAGCUGGUAUGUAUGAAUUUGUGAACAAGGAUGGUGAGACUACCACUGUAGCGGACUAUUUUAAGAAGGUCUACAAUAUUCAUCUUCAGUACAAGUCAAUUAUAGGAGUAUGUGUCUCUCCUCCAAGAUCCGAACGUCCAGAAAUCCUGCCUCUUGAAAUUUGCACUGUCAAACCUGGCCAGUUGUACAAGCGGAAGCUUCCCGAAGAGCUCACUUCAGCGAUGGUGGAUUUUACAAAAUUAGAUCCUGCGAACAGGCUUAUGAUGAUCCAAGAUCGCGGCCCGCUGAGCACGUAUACCACGUCGGAAUACAUCAUUGAAAGUGGUAUGAAGAUUGACCCACAACCAAUUUCUGUUCAAGGGCGACUUCUGAACGCUCCCAUCGUAAUAUUUCAGCAACCAGCGGACCUGAAGAUGGGUGCUUGGAAUGCACUCCGACAUAAAUUUCAUUCACCUACUGGUUUACAUCGAUGGGCUGCCGUCAGCUUUGUCGACCAUAUUCAUGUUCAAGCACUCAGUGCAAAAAUGAGAGAACUCGCAGACUGUUGUGGACAACUCGGGAUGUCCAUUCAGUCGCCGAUUACCAUUGAACAGGGCCAUGGAAACAAUCCGGAACAAAUUCUCACCAGCAUUCUAAGAAAGGCGGGACCUGACCCAGAAGGCAGUCACCUCGUCAUCCUCAUCGUACUUCCUCAAUCAGCAAAAACAUUGCGUGCCCGUAUCAAAUACUUCAGUGACGUUCAUGCAGGUGUUCGCACCCAGUGUCUUCGAGAGUUUAAGCUAAAAAAAACGUCCAAUCAGUAUUGGAACAAUGUGGCGCUCAAACUGAAUGCUCGCUUGGGCGGUGUCAACUUCUUUGCUCAAUCGGAAGCGAUGAAAAAUUUCGCUAAAGCACCAACUAUGAUUCUAGGUGCCGAUGUUGGGCAUCCAGCACCGGGCGUUCAACACCCCUCAAUUUCCAGCUUAGUUUGGUCGACCGAUCAUCGUGCAACCAAAUACUCUUCCAUCACCCGGAUUCAGCCGCCCCGCUUGGAGUUCAUUCUUGAUUUACAGGAGAUGGUGGAGGCGGCAAUAAAAGACUUCAUACGGGUGAAUAGGUGUCCCCCUUCUCGGAUUUACUAUUUCCGCGACGGUAUCUCAGAGGGCGAGUUCGAGACGGUGGCGCAAAAAGAGGUUGAACUAAUUGAGGCUACUUGGAAGACCAAGAAAAUUCCGAAUCCCCCGAAGUUGACUUAUGUGAUUGUGGGUAAAAAGCAUCACAUCGCAUUUUUCCCCGAAGGAGGCAGCACAAUGAAUGAUGGCAAAGGCAAUUGCAAGCCUGGAUUCGUGGUCGAUCAAGACCUUGCCAAUCCCUUCUCAAAGGGUGAUUUCUACCUUCAAUCCCAUGCUGCUAUCCUUGGGACCUCUCGAAGCUCACACUUUACGCUUAUUAAAGACGACAACAAUCUUGGUCUUCAGGGGUUACAAGACCUCGCUUUCUCCUUGACCCAUGUCUAUGCCAAAGCCACCCGUUCGGUGUCCAUCCCAGCACCGGUGUUUUAUGCCGAUUUGGUUUGUCAGCGGAUGGGGUUUCAUAUACCUCCCAACUCUAGCUAUCACGGCUCCGACACCGCAAGCCUCGUUAGUGGCAAUGACUCAAGCACUUUGGAUUUGGACGCUUGGAAGGCAGAGUUUGGGCAAGUCCAUGACAAUGUCAAGAAAACGAUGUACUUCUUGUGA